AUUACGAUGUGACGCAGCGGCGAUAAGAGAAAGUAGGGUGGCAGAAGAAGAAACAACAAAAAAAGAGAGAUGCCACGGCAGGCGAAGGACAUCAAUGAUAACGUCGGCAUGGAGGCGCACAUCUACGAGAAUCUGCCGGGCCUGACCUCCACUCCCAAAGGUCUCCUCAACUCGGAGCUGCGCAAGUAUUUUCCGCGCGAGGCGAUCUACGAGAAUCUUUGUCGCGGAUGCGGCUAUGGCGUGUUUGCCGCCCAAGGACGCUACUGCCAUUUCUGCCAGUGCAUCGUGAGCGGGGGCGUGGUGAGUACAACGCCUCCCCCUCCCCCACCACCACCGCCCCUUUUGCCGACUUCCGGCGAGAGCAGCAACAUCUACGAGAACAUCUGCGAUUCGUGCCGCGGCAUUUACAGCGACAACGAGCGCUGUCGGUGUCAAAGGUCAGAGACGCCCGUCAAAGCGCCCGUACCGCCCACACCACCCACACCGGCCACACCGUCCACACCGCCCACCAAGGUCAAGUCGCGCUCGCUCUUGGGCUACUCCAAGUCCAGUGCGGCGACCUUGACCCGUCUCUUCGGCUCUCUUAAGCAACUGAAUCGGUCCUCGUCGCUGCAGCGCAAAAUAUUCCCGAAAACUCCGACGAAUGGCAGUGGCAGCGCUGGCUCCCUGGAAAUCAUCCACAAUGUGGACGAGGUGUUUCGCACCCAGGAGACUUUUGACCUUCAGCGCAUUUGCGAACUCAAGCUGGAGCAGCAGCAGCUGAAGAGCAGCCAGAGCGAUCAGCACAUCUACGGCCGCGUAAGAGAGCCCGAAGAGAGCCAAUGCCAGAGCCACAAGAAAGAGCACAAGAAGCCGCGCGUCUCCCGCAUACGCCUGCUGCAGGACGAAAGUGCAGCGGAUGCAUCGGGAUCAUCAUCAUUGUAUCUCAACGAGAGCAUCUGCCAGUGGAUGACCUCACUGAGGCGACAGGUGCACCACUACGACGAGGGGCCGUGGCAGCAGCCAAAGAGCGUGCCAGCGCGCGAUCCUUUGGCCGCCGCCGAAGAGAGCUCGGUCACACUGCGACGAAGCACGGAGGAGAGAGCGAAGUGCGCGGACGAGCAGGCGAAGUUGGUCAAGGACUUUAAGCGGAAGCUGCAGCUGAAGAGAGUGGAGCCCGUCGAGCCCGUGAAGCUGGAAAGAGAGCAAAGGCGCUGCGCUAUUACGACGAACUUUGUGAAUGACUAUCUGAGCGCACUUGGCGAAGAGAAAGAGUCAGUGCGACAACAACAGCAACAGGUGACCGCAAUCGAAGAGAACGUCGCAGUCGCCGCGAUUCAGCCUCAAGUCUCUGUCUCCCUCUUGCGCUUGAUGCAGAGCCUCGCUCUUUCGGCCAGCUUGCACGUGUGUGUGCGUGGCUUUCUCACCGCCUAUGACAAAUCGUUCAGCUUGUGGCUCUGGCUCCAGCAACAACAACAACAACAACAACAACAACAGCAGCAGCAACAAGUACCGAUCAACGGUUAUCGCCAAAGGAGAGCGCGUGACUCAGUUGCUGGGGAUUGGCGACGGCGCCUGCCUCUCUUCGCCUUCCCCAUCGGCGGCGGCAACGAUCGUUUGGUGGCCUCGGCUUCGGUUUCAGUUACGCCAGCGAUUUCAGAGAGCGUAGACGUGUGUGCUGCUGCUGCGUCGCGACGUCGCGCGAUCCGAAGUACGAAGCGAAGAGGGACAGCGAUAGUCAGGGAAGAGGGUGUGCGCGGGGGCGAGAGCUCCACCAGCAGUAACAGCAGCAAGAAAAACAAUAAUAAUAACAGUAACAACAACAACAACAACAAGAACAACAACAACAACAACAACACCAGCGGAGCUUUGAUGGCGGCGCCAAAGCCAAACGGCGAGGCAGAGCGCCCCACAACAAACAGCAGCAUCAACAACAACAACAAUAACAACAACAAUGACAGCAUCAGCGGCAACAACAACAAUAACCAUCAUACCGUUGACAAUGAAAGCGGCAUCAAAAACAACAACAACAACAAUAACAACAACAACGGCAAUUGCAAUGUCAAUGAACAACAGCAACAACAAGAAGUGCAGCCAAUCACACAGAAUUGCGUUAUCAAAGUCCGUCGUCCAGCGCCAAAAGUACCCGUUCGAAAUCCCAACACAUCCUUGAGCAAUCCCCGCCAGACUGAGGAGGAGCAGACGAAGCCGAACGGAGGGGAAAAGCAUAAACUGAGCGUAAACUCCUUUGCUGCGGGGAAUCCAUGCCAAGAGGAGCAGGAGGAGGAGGAGUCCAUUUACCAGCCCAUUUGGCAGUUCAAGACCCUGGAACCCGUCGAUCAGGAGUUAAUUGAAGCCUUGCCCGUCGAGGGCGAGGAUGAGGAGGAGGAGGAGGAGGAGGACGAGGACGAGGAAGACGACGACCUGGAUGACGAGGAGGAGGAUCUGGGGGCAUACGACGAGUCCCUGCCGUGCGAUGCUGAUGCCGAUGCGGAUGUAAUGGCACUCCAGGCGGCGGCGGUCUUUGCCGCUGGAGUGCGACACAAGCUAUCCACAUCGACGCUGACCAAGCGUUCCAAGCUGAUGAUGCCGACGCCCCUGCCCUCGCCCACCGCCUCCAUGGACCACGGAGCAUGGGAGACGGACAUGGAGUUCAUGUACUCGCGCGAGAGCAAGGAGGAGGAAGCGGAUGAGACGCUCAGCCUGGGCAGCACGGUGACGAACAGCACAGCGACCUUGGGUUCCAUCAGCAGCACUGGCAGCAGCAGUGUCACCGGACACCCAAAGGAUACGCCAAAGGAUCUGCCAGCGGAUCAGCAGCCACCUGCAGUGGCGAUGACGAAGCAGGCGGAGAUUGUGCCCCUGGUGCAUCCGAUCCUCAGGAACAUUUGCAUUUUCUACAGCCAAAAAGAUCCGAAUAAGUACAGCGCUAUAUUCUACGACUACCAUCGAUCGCUGGUCCACCAGCGGUUCAUGACCCGCAUCCGCCGCCCGGCACCACCACCGCCACCCGCCCAGGUGACCAUCACAACCAGCACGAGUCUAGCACCACGCAGCGAUGACAGUGGCUGCAGUUGCGAGGCGGAGGAUUCGGAUCACCAUCAGCACAACCGGACGCCGGCCAUUCCGAAGCCCUUGAAGGAGGAGUGGGAGCGGGCCCUGCUCGCCGCGGUGGCGGUGGCUGGCAAGAGGGGCGUGGCUCCGCGGGCGGGACGCAAGCUGCGCGUCCGCUCCAAUGCGAGGCUGCUGCUCACGGACUCCGUGCUGGCGUGGCGGGAAACGCUGCAGGAUGUGCACUGCUGCGAGGACGAGGAGGACAUGAUUGUGCCAGUGACUGACAUUCUGCGGGCGCAGCAGAUCCAGGAGGACAAUGAGGUGCAACAGACGCAGCAGACCACGAUUCUGCAGCGCUUCAAGAGCGUCUCCAUCGGCAACCUGCUCGAUCUGCCCGGCGAGGAUGACAAGAAGUCCAUCAAGAAUCGCAUGCGAAUGAAGUUCGCCGUCAACAGCAAUGUGUUUCGCAUCAACCGUUCCCCGAAGAGCGAGAAGAAGUCGCGUCCACGUCGUGGCCAGGUGAACAGCCUGUACCUGGAUGAGCAGAAGUAUCCGCUCUUCGCCGCUCCGCUCAGCGCACUGGAGCUCAACAUGACCGACCAUCCAAAUGUGCCGCGCUUCGUGGUCGACGUGUGCACCUACAUCGAGCAGCCGGAGUGCAUCGAACAGGAUGGACUGUACCGCGCCUCGGGCAACAAGGUUCUGGUGGACGAGCUGCGCAAGAAGCUGACCCACCUGUACGAUCCACGCUGGCUGCACACGGACGACAUCCAUACGCUGACCAGCCUGCACAAGCAAUUCUUCCGGGAGCUCACCUCUCCACUGAUCACCCAGGAGGCGUACGAGCGUCUGGGCAGGAGCCUCAACGACGACGCCGCCAUCGAGCGGAUGAGCUUGGCUUUCGACGACAUGCCGGAGCCGAAUCGCUCCACGCUGCGCUUCCUCAUCAGGCACUUGACCAGAGUUGCCGCCGCCAGCGCUUCGAAUCGCAUGCCGUCCACCAAUCUGGCCAUCGUUUGGGGUCCCUGUCUGCUGAGCGCCAAUCAGAUACAGCUGGACAUCGGACGCAUGAACAUGCUGGCCAAGGUGCUGAUCGAGAACUAUGAUCGCAUCUUUCAUCCGGACAAUGAGCGUCUAGUUUGUUAGGAUGCUGUUUACCCGCCCUCCGCUGCCACGCCCCCUCCCCCCACUCCGCACAUCACAAGAUCGAGCUGCAUCGAUGAACAAGUGCCUCAAACAUCAAACAUCACCAUGUGUCCACCUUCUCACCCUAUGUUUAACAUAAUAAUACUUCUUUUUUUUUUGUUGUCAGCUUUAAAUUGAUGUUCUUCUUCGCUAAUUUUAAUAUUCUAAUUACUUUAUUUACUCAUUGGAAAUGGGAGUUCGCAUUCGUUCGUGCCCAUCAAGAAAAUACUUACCAAAAAGACAGUAGACUAAGUUUAUACUAAAGAUAACUGGGGGAAACCGCACGAAAAGAACAUAAUGUAAAACGAUAAACUUUGUGGCGGUACAGUGAGCACUGCCUGCGGCCAACCUAACAACAUGACGAAAUUUCAUUUUUUUUUUUUACAUCGUAUAUAAGAUGUGAUAUUCGCUGCAAACCGCAAAGCGUGAAUAUUAUUUGUAUUUAUACCUAUAUUAAUAAACCAUAUAAAAUAUACGAAUAAAGUCCAAUACAGUAGAUAGGCUA